AUGCAGAAAAUCACACUUUUCAUCGUAUUUUCUUUAUUCGGUUCCAUUUUUGCAAGAUUUGACUCAUCCAGUGAAUCCUGUGAAGAUUCGGACAGUAAUAGUCAUGAACAUGGAGGCCCUGGCAACGGUGGGAACAAUCGUGGCUGUGGACGUGGAUGGCAUCGAUUCAACCGCCCGUCUGGUGGAUGGUGUAUGAGAGUUUUCAAAGGAAACGUCUCCCAAAUGGAGGCGGAGUCACGGUGUCGACGAGAGGGAGCUGCGUUGUCGGGUCUGAUGAAUGAGAAUGAGAUUGGAAGGGUUGCAGGCCACGCCCUCCGUACGCUCCGCCCCCUGACGUCCGGUUCCAUCUGGCUCGGUGCAAAACGUACUGCCCAAUGCAGUACGUCUCCAAUCUCUUCCACAUGUACCCCACUCAACUCAUUCCUAUGGACAGAUGGCUCAACUCAAGGCUCGUCUGGAUUCCAAUGGAACACAAAACAACCAGAUAACAACUACGCAAAGACCCAACAAUGUGUCGUCUUGUUGGCUUCUCGUUCUACAGUAAUCCAAGACCAAUGGACAUGGAAUUCCAACCGCCUUGAUGACGUGGCAUGCGUGAAUCCGGGUGGAAGUGAACAGAGGGCUCUGAGAGGAUUCCUGUGUGGGAAGAGGGCUAAUUAA